AUGUCUGUACGUGAUCAAAAUAUCAGUAGAUGGUUGGAGGAGUGUGAUUCAGAUUCAGAGGAUGAAAGGGACGUGCCGGAAAUACCAAAUGAAGAUUGCAGUGACGUAGAAGAUGUACCAUUAGACCACGUCAUUGAUGGAGAGUGUCAAUCGGACUCUGAAAUUGAUGUUUAUGAGCUAAGAGAAGAUGAUGAUGAUCUGCCAGUUGACGAUGCAUCUUCCGAUGAUGAUGUUCUAUUGGCAAGGUACAGGAACUAUUACGGAAAAAAUCGGUUCCGUUGGUCGUCUCAACCUCCAGUUUCGCGAUCAAGGACUUUCAACCUCCAACCUCCAGGAUUGAAAAGGAACACAAAAAGACUGACUGAAGAUCUUGUCGAACCUUAUUUAAGACGUCGAAUAAACCAGUUUGGAUUGCAAAGGGAACUUCAGAAUACUAUUGGCCGGGUUCUCAAAAUAGAUGAAGAACCAAGAACAUCAUCAGCAGACAGUUCUGACAAGUUGGAAAAACGCUAA